GGCUCUGCAAAACGCGCAGGUCGUCGGAUCGUGUGGCGUUUGAUUCCUCUCAGUUUUCUCCAAGUGUGUGUGGAGCUUUUGUUUCCCCUACCGCCGAGUCAGCUCCGCCGGAAACAAACAAUGUUGUCGUACGCAAGACUGCUACUCAGCGGCCAAGCUGCACGGAGGUCGGGAUACUGGAAACAGCUGAGGUGCUCCUUGCUGCUGUUCCUCGUCCUGACGUCGUGUAGAGGCGAGAUGACUGCAGUCCAAGACCAGGGCACGAUUCAACAAGAUUGCAUGCUGAACUGGUUAUUAUCCCUGAACAUCAGUCGACACUAUGCAGACACCUACUACGGAGGCUUCUCGGCGCAGUUCCUGGACCAGCGGAGUCUGAAGUUAGUUUCAGAUAGCAAUCUGAGGGAUCUCGGAGUCCAGGCAUUGGGCCAUAGAGUUCUGAUCCUCGACUCUGCCAGCUCAGGUGAGACAGAGAUGGAGAGAGGAGAGAGGGUGGGAAAAAGAAGGAGAAGAUUGGUACAGUACUAAUCCGGACACUCGUGGGACAGAAAGAGCACAUUCUCUUUGCUUAGUAAGGUGGUCUUGUUGGGGAAAGAAAAGGUGUCCUUAUUAAAGAGGUCUCCUCAUUUCCUUAGAACCAUAUAAAAAGGAAACAAAAUUUGGGUAUUGUGUUUAACAGUGUAGCUACCCCACCUGUUCUACCCUUCACUUUUAGCAGGGUUUGGAUUACUCUGUAAUCAAAUAAGAGUGAUCUGCCCAUAAUAAUAAUAUGUUAACCAAGCAUUGCCUAUUUGUAUGUAUCAGGUCAUCUGACCAUCUCUGUCCUUCUUCGUAAACUCGGCGGGUUCUUGUGCAAAAGUAGUCUGUUGACUAGCUAAAACCUGCCCCUGGGCACAU